UCAGGCCUGAUUAGGACGCCGGCUACUUGGCCAGGGGCAUGUGCUCGCCGGCCUCAGUCGGAGUUUUGCAGCAGCAGGGUGAGGAGCAACAUGACCGCGUCCAAGUUCGUGAACCGAUGUCCCGUGUGCUCACGCAAGUCCUGGCGGCUGCGUGAGCACCUGGACGAGAAGCACAAGGUUAGGAAUCCGGUGGAGCGUCGUGUCCUCCUGGCGUUCGCCAGGGGCCGGGUGAACGUCAAGGGGAUGCGGUGUCCGGUGCAGCGCUGCGGGUACGACGGCCGCCGUGUGCAGCAGCACCUGCAGGAGUCCCACCGCGACAUGGGUCAGCGGCAGAAGCGGCGUCUUCUGGCCGGCCUGCAGUGGCAGAAGACGCUGGAGAAGCUGCGGCAGCUGAGGCGCUCGGACCCCCACCCACCCAUGGCUACCGGGCUGGACCUGCCGGAGGCAGGCGACAGGGCCCCGGCAGAGGCGGAGGUUCGGCCAUCCCGCAGCUCACCUCCGCCACGCAGACCGGUGGUGGAGGAUGAGGAGGAAGAGCAGGACGACGAGGAGGACAUGCAGGCGGAGGAACAGGGGGCGCAGGAGGAGCCGGAGGAGCCUGAGCUGAUGGAGGUAGACCACCACCACCACGACGACGGGGGCUCAGCUCCACCAUCGCCGGGACCACCCUUGCCUCCCAGCCCCGACGAGCCACGUUCCCCGGAGCGGGGGAACCAGCAGGACCAGCAGGACCCGCAGGAGGGCGGAUCCAGACGGCAGAGCCCGACCUCGACCACGCCUGCGGACCCCACAGAGCCCACCGAGCCCACCGAGCCCACAGAACCGGUGUCUGGAGGAGUGUCGCAGAUGGAUCCGGAGCUUUUGCGCGACUCAUCGCGGAGGAGGCACGACGUGGUCCUGCGAUACCAGCUAUUCGGUUGCUUCGCGCUGUUGGUCGCUUCUCUGUACGGCCACAGAGCAGGCGUGGUCCGCAACAUGACAGCUGCUGAGGUACGAGAAGCCGAGGAUGGACACCGGCGCGACUCCUCCGGCUAUGUCAUUAACGUGAGACAACACAAGACGGCCAGGGCUUUCGGGAGCGCCCAGCUCUUCCUGACGCCGGAGGAGUUCGGAUGGCUAAAGAGCUGGAUGACCAUACGCAGCAAGCUGCGCCCCCAGACCGACCUGGUGUUUUUCAACUGCAACGGAGGACCGGUACACAAGCUGACCUCCUUCGCCCGGGACGCAUGGGCGAGGAUGCGCCUGCCUGGAUCCCCCUCCCUGACCGACAUACGCACCGCGGUAGCCACGAUGGCGAGGGACACCCAGUGCACGGAGGUCCGAAGGCAGAUGUCACACUUGAUGUGUCACGACACCAGAACCGCGGACCGUUUCUACGCGAUGCAGCUGAGUGUGACCCAGUUGGCCGCCAUGCGCAGGACCUUCGACGUGUCCAGGGGCGACGCUGAGCAGACUGUGGAUGAAUAAUGUGUGCUGGUUCAAUAAAGCCUCCUUAAACGAC